UUUCUCUUAAGUCAUUGUUUCGGACUAACUUCAGUGUGAAACUGGUGACCCAGAGGGAGCCACGAGGCAGCGCGACAAGUUUGGAGAAGGGGAGAGGAGGAAAAAGGGAUUUGGAUCACUAUUUUUAAAUGUAAGAUUUGGAAAAGGGGGCGUGGACGUUAUUGGAGCGGCAGCAGCGGGGAGCGUGUUGGUUCUUGGACGCAGCUUCCACAGUGAUGUGCCACCGGCUGCAGGAGGAACUGGACUGAGCGCGUUACAAGAUCUGCUGCAGCUUUGAUUUUUUUAAAUAUAUAUAUUUGUGUAAAAUAAAAAAACGCUGUGGCGUUUUAUUGGAUGUAUUUCUCCCUUCGUUCCUGAUGGUCGCACAGAGAAAGGACUCGAGGAAAACAGGAGCUGUUGAAGCCGUCCAAUGCGUAAUGGAUAUAAUCUGAAUUUGAAGCUGUUUGAAUGAAACGAUUGGAGACAUCUGACUGUUUGAGGGAGCCUUGUUGCGCACAACAAACCCAGCUGGAGCAGGAGGACCAAUCUUCAAAAACACAAAAGAAAAACUGUCCCGCAUGAAUGUAUUUCUAAAUAUUGAGAAGAGGUGCUAUUUUUCAUGAUUAAAUGUGGCUGCAUAUGGUUACUCAACCCUUUGCCAUGGAUUAUGCUCAAAGUGUUUAAUCCAAUUCUUUACGCCCAUGAGUUUUAGAGUUAAAACCACUGUAUGUGCCUGACUGAGAAUGCGUUUGAAACGCAGAACGGGAAAGUAAGAGCCACCUGCGUUUCUUGAACAGCCAAAAUGACAAGCAGCGGACCUGUCAUUGUCUUCGAGUGGCUGAAGACCCUUCAGCUCUCCCAGUAUGUCGAGUCCUUCGUGGAUAACGGAUACGACGAUCUAGAAGUUUGCAAACAAAUAGGAGACCCCGACCUUGAUGCCAUCGGAGUCUACAUCCCUCACCACAGACAGAGGAUCCAUGACGCGGUGAGAAGGCUGAGAGAGGAAGCCAGAGAGACGGCCAGCGGACUGUAUUUCACUCUUGAGCCGAUGCCACCCGCGGCAGAAUUAUACACAGGUCACGGACUGGAGCAUGAGUCCAAGCUGCGGGGAUCUAGAUCCUGGACAGAGCCUAACAGUGACCGAAUCGGGCGUAACGGUGGCUACAUGGGCGCGCAAAGAAACCUGACCCUGGGCAACAGGAGGGAGCUGGUGAUGUACCCCAAGCUGAAGCUGAAGAUCAUGAUCAGGGAUAAACUCAUCAGAGAUGGCAUCAACCUUGCAAGGCCACCAUAUUCUAAUAAGGAUGGUUCUCUGGGAAACAUAGAUGACCUUGCACAGGAGUACUCUGAGUACUACAAUACCUGCUUCAGUGACGUCAGCGACCGCAUGGAAGAGCUAAGAAAACGCCAAGUCUCCCAGGAGCUCGAUAUGGAUAAACAGGACCCAAGCAGCACCUCUCUCCAGCUUCGCAAUGAGAUCCAGGAAUCUCUUGGCUUCAGCAGUGAGGUGUCCACCCCUGAAACAGACAGAAGAAUGCCUUUGCACAAGUCCAGCUCUGAAGAUGGAUCUGGAGGUAAAUGGGACAACAAGAAGAAAAACAAAUCCUUUUGGCAGAACUUCCGCAAAUCUCAGCACAAACCGGUUGCUCGUCAGUCAUCUAAAGGAGAAGAUAUCGGGUAUGUUGCCAGUGAGAUCACGAUGAGCGACGAAGAGCGCAUUCAGCUGAUGAUGAUGGUUAAAGAGAAAAUGAUCACUGUAGAAGAAGCUCUGGCUCGGCUUAAGGAGUAUGAGCGCAGCAAACAGUCCAGCAGUAGUGACACUGCAGAGUGGACUGAAGGAUCUGCAGGCAAUCUAAACCAGUCCUCAAAUUGCAAUUCUCGUCAACAGUCGGAUGAUGAGCAAUCUGAGGACUCGGUGAAGUUCAAAAGGCUUCACAAAUUGGUCAACUCAACACGGCGAGUCAGGAAGAAGCUCAUCAAAGUAGAAGAGGGCAAGAAACAUUCCCCUGAAGAUUUUCUGAAUCUGGAAACUCCCUGCUGUGAGGACAACGCAGCUCUGUAUACAGGGGUUCUAAAAAGACCCCCUUUGCCCCAGGAGGCCUCCCUUCCUUCUCUUAUCCAUGACCAACUCUCCUUGGAUGGAGAUACAGACAGUUUGACUACUUCCCCUUCAUCCAGCAGUCUCGACACCUGGUCUGGACACAAACUAGUGAAAACCUUUAGUAAGUCUUCCAGCAACCACGGCCUCAUCAGACCCCCGAGGAGAACUGCAGCCGGCUCGAUCUCUGGUGUUGCAGGCAGUGGCUCUUCCUUCUCAGAGCUUGAUGGAUGUGGUCUUGACGAUGAGGGAAAGCUCUCACGCUCCACGACAGAAAGCGAGAUGAUGAAGGCACUAAGCUCCAUAUCCCACGGGGUAAGUAACAACGAAGCCCUUUACGCCUUUUACGGCCUCACCAAACCUCGCCCCAAACCCAAUUCCCAGUCCCGCCUUCUGAUUUCCCUGGAGGACGGCCAGCAAGGCAGUCCCAGACAUCAACCAUCUAACCGCCAUCUUGGUAGCUGGACCCACCGGAAACCCGACCCCAACUACGCUUACUCCACCAAACACCUUUUGUACCAGCGCUCACGCAGUGCCAAGUCCCCCAUCUCCCCCUUGUCUGUCACCCCCUCCUCACCCAUCCGUUGUGACCUAACAAAGUCAAAGGGUUUCGGAAGCGGAGGCGGGGGCUGGGCGUUCCCUCCCCGGCGACUGCGAGGCCGAACUGCGGUCAGCGAGUUGAACAUCACCUACGUUGUAGAGCGAAGCCUGUACGGUCACCUGAACUGGGCCCAGCUGGUGCGUCCAGUCACCCUCAGCCGCGCUGAGCGCCGCUGUCUGCUUGAGGAGGACCGCGAGGUGGACAGGAAAUGGGCGGCCAGUGUGGACCGCUGCACCAAGCGUGUGCUGUUGCGAAUCCAGCAGAAGUCUAGAACAUGCAGCUUCGGGGGCUUCGACCUGUCCAACCGUUCUCUCCAUGUGGUCAACGCAGCCUCCGAAGCCAAUAAUAAGGAACAGGAGGCAUUAUACAGAGAAGUGGUGAAAUCUCCCAACACCACUCGGAUCUCCCUGGGCAAGAAAGUAAAGUCGGUGAAGGAGACCAUGAGGAAACGCAUGUCGAAAAAGUACAGCAACUCGCUGUCUGAGCAGUCCAGUCCUGACGGAGCCCCUGGUUCGCCACAGUCUCCUCUUCCAGACACCGACUCCUUGGAGAAACCAAAACUAAAGGCCGGAGGCUCGGUGGAAAGCCUGCGCAGUUCACUCAGCGGCCAGAGUUCAAUGAGUGGUCAGACAGUGAGCACCACCGACUCAUCGGCCAGCAACAGAGAGAGCGUGAAGUCAGAGGACGGAGACGACGAAGAGCCGCCUUACAGGGGGCCGUUCUGCGGCCGCGCUCGAGUUCACACAGACUUCACUCCCAGCCCCUAUGACACCGACUCCCUUAAACUGAAGAGAGGGGAUGUGAUCGAUAUCAUCAGUAAGCCGCCGAUGGGAACAUGGAUGGGACUCCUCAACAACAAAGUGGGCACCUUCAAGUUCAUCUAUGUGGACGUGCUGAAUGAGGAAGAGGAGAAGCCUAAAAGGCCUGUCAGGAGGAGGAGGAAGGGCCGACCCCCCAAACCCACAUCAGUGGAGGAGCUGCUGGAGCGGAUAAACCUCAAGGAGCACAUGCCUACUUUUCUGUUCAAUGGGUAUGAAGAUUUGGACACAUUUAAGCUGCUGGAAGAAGAAGACUUGGAUGAGUUGAAUAUCAAAGAUCCUCAGCACAGAGCGGUGCUGCUUACGGCUGUGGAGCUGCUGCAGGAGUAUGACAGCAGCAGUGAUCCAGAGCGCAGUGGGUUGUCAGGUUCUCAGGAGAAGCUGCUGUCAGAGGGUCGAGGUCUUGUGGGGGACUCCCCAAGGGAUUCUGGCUGCUAUGAGAGCAAUGAAAAUCUGGAAAAUGGCAAAAACAGAAAAGCAUCCCGAUCCAGUCGCUCUUCUGCUGGAAUGCAGUCUUCAGACUACCCGACACUACCUAUGACUCUUUCUACAGAGGCUCUGCAACAAAAUGGCAAAAACCAGCGUUCCAAGUUCCCUAAAAGCCUGUUCAUCAAGCCCUCCAUGAAAAGCUUAAACUUGCUGGGAUUCCGUAAAUACCACCGACGGUCCCCCAUCCCAGCUAGCCGCAGCUGUGAGGACCUUGAUGGCCCAGAGCAGCCAUCUCUGCUCUGGAAGCGUUCUCAUUCUCUGGGAGAUCUGCACAGCCCCAAGCAGAAAGAUGAUCAGAAUGUGGUGCUUAUAAAAGCAAAGGAGGUGGCCAAAUCUGGCAACAACAGCCAGGUCAAGGUUUAUAGAGAAGGGAGUUCUCCAACCAAGAAAGGAACUCCAACAGUAAGUCCUAAAGGAAGGGCUGACAGACCUCCAAUACCCUCCCAGCUUCCUCUCCGUUCCCAGUGUCCAACAGUCCAAUCCCCUAAACUUCCAGAACCGCUCUCCAGUCCAACUCCAAGUCCUCCUGAUUCUAGUGCAAGUGGUGAGAGGAUCAUCCUGACACAUCCCAAAAAACCUCCCAUUCCACCUCCUGUUCCCGCCAAAAAGUCCAGAGAAAGACUUGUGAAUGGUGCUCGUCACCCGUCUCUCUCCCUGCCCUCCUCGCCUUCCCCCACCGCCUCGCCUACACACUCCCUAAAUCGCUCCCAACCAAGCAGCCCGUUGAUCCGCAGCAAUAGCCCAAGCCCCAUCCUCAGUGCCCCUGCUCUCCCUGCCAAGACCUUCAGCCCACCUCCCAGUCCGUGUGCCACCUCAUCUGCAUCAUCCUUAGGUGAAGAACCUGGCUCCCCACCAGCAGUGCAGCCACCCUGGCUCUCAGAUCUUGGAGGUAAAAUGGCUGUGACGAGGAAACUGUCCCACACCAAGAUGAGUCCUGAUCUGCACACCCUUCUGGAGCAACGCCUGCAAGCGGAGGGCAUUGAUCUGACAGAGGAGCCUUACUCUGACAAGCACGGCCGAUGUGGCAUUCCACAGCCACUGAUCCAGCGUUACUCUGAGGACUUGGAGCAGCCUGUUAAAGACGUGGGCUCCACUUUGGAUCAGCUCAGAGUAAAAGAGCUACGUAAACAGCACCGCAUGGCAAUCCCCUCUGGAGGUUUGACAGAGAUGUCCCGCAAGCCCAUAACAUUGGGCACUAUCAGCACAGUCCCAGACUGGCUUGUAUCCAUUGGCCUGCCCAUGUACGCUCCAUCUUUGGAGGCAGCAGGCGUUGACACGCUGGGUCGUGUGGCCCUAUUAACGGAGAGCAGCCUGAGGGAGGCCGGGGUGCGGGACGAGAGAAACACCCGCCGCCUUAUCAGUGAGGCCCGACUGGUCAAGGCGCACAAAGGGAUACAUUCCUAAUCUUGGAGCCACCUCGCUGUUUAAAACGUAACCAGGAGGUGGCCACACGUCUAAGUGAGCACAGCACUAAAGUACACUCAAUGAGCUACCCCUUCUUUAAUGUUUACGGCGUCAAGAGCCAGGAGAAGAUAUCAGAUGCCUUUAGAAAAGUUAUUAAAAACUGACUAUCGGAUUUCUUCCAUUCUAAAGUCACCCCUAAAGUCUUCAAAAAAAGACUUGGAUCUGCCUUUUAAGCAUCAUAGCACACUCUUUUUGUAAGAUUCAAGCAGUAUUUUUUCCUUCCCUCCUGCUACUCUAUUUUAAAUGGUUUACUUCCUCCAUAUUCCAUGGUUGAACCAUUUCUCAGCUCUUAUGGCAGGACAGGUAAAACUCUUAAUGAAUAAACCGCUUUUAGUAGUGGAUUAAAGGUGGCUUAUUUUGUAUCAUGUUUCUGUAUUAUAGCACAAAGAACAUCUGAAUUCUAAAAGGAUCUAUAUGUUAAAGUUUGUGUUUGAGAUAUUACAGCCCUUUCAUUCACCCACUUGCAGUCAUUUGGAAAGAAUAGAGACACAAUGUCUUUAUAAUUCAACUUUUAUGAUGCAUCUUUUUACACAGCAUACUCUAGUGUGGAGAUCCUACAGAAAGCUUUGUUUCCUAUGGUAAUCACAAUCAACUUUUAAUGAAAGUACAUUCCUCGGUGUGGAAAGGGACACUUGGAAUUGCCUUACCAAUAUGAAUGAAUAGCUACAAGAAGCUGUGCAAAAAACGUGCAGGUCUUUUUCUCCUUCUGAUUGUGUCUGACAGGUUAACUGUGUUUUGAAUACAUGAAGAAAUGCACAAUUAUGUUGGUGGUGCAUAUGGACCAAAGAACAAGACUAUAACUCUCACUCUGUGUUUGGAUCCGCCUGAACUUUGUUGGAAUACAUUGGAGGUACAUGUUGCUAAACAAAAAAAAAAAGAUUUAGCCGAGAUCUUGGCCUUUGCAUUUGAGAUGUUACUGCUCUGUUUAUAUCUUGUGAGCUCAAAACUUACAAAUGUUAGGGAGCUUUUUCAAACUCUAAAUCUGUAGAUUUGGAACUGGACCCUUGCCAUACAAAGAUGGAAAUGAACUCUCAAUAUAAAACAAACAAAAAAAAUUAAAAAUCAGGGACCUUUUAGGGAAGAAAAAUUGUCAGCAUUAUGGAGUAGAAAAUAUCUAAGAACAUUCGGUCAUGCGUUCUGAAUGAAACAGCAAAUAUUCCCAGUGAUAAUUCCUCCUGUCUUCAAAGUCACAUCUUUCCUUGUGAUUACUAGACUGAAGACUUAUUCCAUCCAUUUUACAUAAAUUGUUUUUCCAAAGUCCGACCAGCUGCUGUUGCUGAGUUUAGGAGCUUGUUUCUGCAGUUGGCACUUGAUGCGGUCAUUUGAUGCCUUCUCUCGUCAAUCAAAGUGGUGCUCUGGACAAGUGAGGAUAGGAAUCACAGUUUCAACAAGUAAAAGACCCAGGAAGCAUUCUGUUAAAGAAUGAAAAUACUGACACUGUAAAUGCACUUUAGAUGGUUAAACUAGCGGUUUUAUAGGCAAAAAUUGGCUACAUAUUUUCACAGGUCCAUAAAUGGACACCAAUGUCAGGUAUUGUAAAGGGUUUCAAUGAAUUAUGCUGGUAUUUUUUUUUGUAUUAAGUUUUCAAUGCCAUUUUACCAAUAUUGUGUUAACCUUCAGUAACUCAUUUCCAACUUUUUAAAACUAAAUCCUUAAUACAUUCGUGAAAUGCUUUGCUGAGGUUGCACAUUCUCUAUGUGUAAUUGAUGUUGAUUUAAUAACUUAUUUAGCUUUUUUUUUAUCAUAUCAACUGUAAUUAGCUGUACCAUAUGAAUAGCAAUACCUUCCUGCUUAUCGCUCUUGUCAGUGACGAACUACAGUAUGUUUUGUAAAAUACGUGUACAAAUGAUUUUGUUUGGUUUCCAUUUACUAAAUGAUUGUCCAUACAGAUUUUGCUUGUGUAUUGAAACAACAAAAAGUAAUGUCCAUAACUAUUUGUCAUUCUGAAAUAUAAAUAAAAAUGGUUUCUUGCUAUACAUG